AUGUUAAGAUUUCGCUUGGAAAUAAUUAAUUUUCGAGGAGUAGGAACAGAUUUUUUCGAGUCUUUUAUAAGAGCUAAGUCUGCAAACUUAGGCCAUGAUAAGCUUUCAGACGAAAAUGAACAGCUUAUACCCUUGAAAGAGAAAUUGGGGGAAAUUUAUCACAUUUUCGCUCCCUCGAGACAUUUAUUAAAAAAUGAACUUUUUUCAACUCAAAUUUAA